UUGUCAUUCUCUGAUACAGAGCACAAAGGGAAAAAAAAAGAGUCGUUUUGGGAACUUUCUCGGAAGCCAAUCAGAGAUUUUGUUUUUACUUUCUUUCAAAUUGUUGAUCGUAUUCUGGAAAUUUGCUUGGUGAUUUCGUGGAAAAAGGUUGCGAUUUGAGUUGGUAUUUUUGAAUCCAAAUCUGUGUUUCAAAGCUGGAAGCAUCGGAGCGAUUCGUUGUUUGGUUUUCUGGAGACUGAAGGUGGGGUGGUGGUUUAGGGUUAGGGUUUUCGAGAAGGGAUUUGAUUGAUUGAUUGGUGAUGUUGAAGGCGGGGGAGAGUUCCAAUUUUUUGAUGGAUAGUAGUUCGAAUGGUUUGGAGCAGUUCGGCUUUGAUGAAGAUGGAGAAUAUGGGAGUAUGUCUAUUGAUUUGGAUACGUUGUAUGACAUUAUUGAUGAGAAAGGCGAUAACGAUUCUACUGAACCUUUGCAGACUUGUUCAGAAGAUUCAUUGAAAAGUGCAUCGCCAGGUGAAGCAGUUCUUGGUGCCCCUGACAACCCAGAGAAUACUGGGCUAGAGACUGAUUUAAUGGGUCCCGGUGCAGUGCACUCUUGGUACAACUCAGGAGUUUCAAAUUGUAAAAUAGGGUUAUCAAGUUGUUCCUUUGGCUCGACGCUGUAUAAUGAUUUGUCAGGCAACAACAGGGUUCAAGGGUCUCCUGUGAAUACUAAUUCUGCUAGUAUUAAAGACUUUAUUUCUCUAGUUCCAGGUAACGGAGCUUGCUUUACAGAGAGGGCUGGUUUUACACUACCCACUAGCAGUACAACAUCUAGUUUUGCUCAAAGAGAUGCUGACAACAUUCCAGAUUUUGGCAAAAAUUUUGAUGUCAAUACUUCGCAGGGAGAGGCUGAAACUCAAUUCAUGAACACAGUAGUUGAAAUCGAUCCCCAGUGUGCUUUCCCCUACCCUGGUCCUAAGAACAUUUGUGUAAAUUUGUGUAAGUAUGGUACCUCUGGAGAAAAUAUAGAGACAGUGGAAUCUCCAGAAAAUAUCUUGCAUGAUUUAUAUUCGCAAGACAUAACUUCUAAUGAGUCUUCCAUCUGUCUAAGUAAUGAUAUUAUGAGUGGCUAUCCAGCUUUACAAUAUGAGAGGGGAAUAGAUGAUCAGCUCUUUCGUAGUUGUAAUUCUCAAAUUUUGACAACCAACGAAGAGUUGAAGAAUCAUGUGAAGGAUAAGGAAUUUCCAACUGAGAGUGCAUGCUCAAGUACUAAAAUGAAAUUGAAUGGUCAUUUGGGAAGAAUUGAAAAAUAUGAGACAGGUGUUUUAAUGAAUAAUUACUUGGAUGUUGAGGGAUGGAAUUAUCAUUAUGAAGUUGAAGCAAAUGAUUACAUUUCACCAAUGGAAUCCUCUUUCUUUGAUGCCAAUGGCUAUCAUAUUGAUGAGAAAGUGCCAACACAGCCAUUCUCUUCUUCUCAAUCAUACAUGUACAGUGAAGAGAGAGUGCAGGAUGAGAGACCUCAAGAGAUGCUUGUGACUAGUAGAUCUAUAUGGCCACCUGUUAAUGUGCUUGAUGAAGCUGUUAGCAGAGAGCAAUCCUUCUCAGCGGACACCAAAAUGUUUUCCAAAGACCCAAAGUCAUCAUUUUCUGCUUCCUCUCGUUCUCUGUCCACUAAGAAGACUGAGAAACUAAUGGAUUCGAAAGAAGACAUGAUUUUUGCAUCUAAGAAACUCUGCCACCCUCACAACUUUAUGAGCUCAACAUCCUCUGUACAUACUGGAAAUCUGAGUUUAAAUGCUCAGGGACAGUAUAUGCCCUUUGUUCCAUCUUUCCCUAUAAGCAAUAAUCAAUCUUAUAACGUUGUUUCUCAAGUUUCUAAGGUCAGCCCAGAAUCAAGUCAUAGUAAUUUUUCAGAGAAAUCCAUUGUGGAGGACGAUUCUGAUAUAUGCAUUAUUGAAGAUAUAAGUCAUCCUGCUCCCAUUUCUGCACCCUUAAACCGGUCUGUAGCAUUUAAGAAUACAGUUGUUUCUUCACAUUAUUCUACAAGCAGUGACAAUCACGUGGGAGUUGGAGGGAGGGUUAAGGCAAAAGAUGAGCGUGUAAUCCUGCGAUUAUUGCAGGAUCUUUCACAGCCAAAGUCAGAAAUUAGUCCACCAGAUGGAUCUUUAGCAGUUCCUCUUCUUCGUCAUCAGAGAAUUGCUUUGUCAUGGAUGGUUCAGAAGGAGACAGACAACACACAUUGUUCAGGGGGGAUUCUAGCAGAUGAUCAGGGACUGGGGAAAACAGUAUCAACAAUUGCACUUAUACUUAAGGAAAAACCUCCAUCCCUCUGUCAUGUAAAACAAGAUGAGGUGGAACCUUUGAAUUUGGAUGAAGAUGAUGAUGUACUUCGUGGAGUGAAACAAGAAUCAAACGCUCUUUUCUGUAUGUCGAAUGAAACUCCAAUGAGAAGCAUGAAGCCUUUGGUGUUAGCAAAGGGUAGACCAGCUGCUGGAACUCUUAUAGUAUGUCCUACAAGUGUUCUGCGGCAAUGGGAUGAUGAGUUGCGUAAUAAGGUAACUAGCAAAGCUAGUCUCUCUGUAUUGGUGUACCAUGGAAGCAACCGAACAAAGGAUCCCAGUGAGCUUGCCAAGUAUGAUGUUGUCCUCACUACAUAUUCAAUUGUUAGUAUGGAAGUACCAAAGCAACCUCGGGUUGAUGAAGAUGAUGAAGAGAAAGGAAAACCCAAAGAUUUGGUGGGACAGAAAAGGAAGAAUCCUCCUGGUUCUGAUAAAAGGCGUUCAGAUAAAAAGGGAUCUGACAAUGCAUUGCUUGAGUCUGUUGCGCGCCCUCUUGCGAAGGUGGGAUGGUUCAGGGUUGUCCUGGAUGAGGCUCAGAGCAUCAAGAAUCACAGAACUCAGGUAGCUAGGGCUUGUUGGGGUCUUCGUGCUAAACGGAGGUGGUGCUUGUCAGGGACUCCUAUUCAGAAUGCAAUUGACGACCUCUAUAGCUACUUCAGAUUUCUCAAAUAUGAUCCUUAUGAUGCAUAUAAAUUGUUCUGUUCGUAUAUUAAGAACCCAAUUAGUAAGAAUCCAACAAAUGGGUACAAAAAACUACAAACUGUCUUGAAGACAAUCAUGUUACGCCGCACCAAAGGAACACUUCUUGAUGGGGAACCUAUCAUCAACUUACCACCCAAACAUGUAGAAUUGAAAAAAGUGGAAUUUUCGAAAGAAGAGCGUGAUUUUUACUCCAGAUUAGAGGCUGAUUCACGUGCUCAAUUUGAAGAGUAUGCAAAUGCUGGAACCGUAAAACAAAAUUAUGUCAACAUUUUGUUGAUGCUCUUGCGGCUUCGGCAAGCGUGUGAUCACCCCUUUCUUGUCAAGGGUGUUGACUCACAUUCGCUAUGGAAUUCUUCAGUUGAGAUGGCUAGGAAACUACCUCGAGAGGAACAGGAAAAUCUUCUGAAAUGUUUGGAAGUUUCUUUGGCAAUUUGUCGCAUCUGCAAUGAUCCACCUGAAGAUGCGGUUGUUGCCAAGUGUGGACAUGUCUUUUGCAACCAAUGUCUUAGUGAACAACUUUCUGGUGAUGACCCUGGGUGCCCUGUUACAAACUGUAAAGCUCGGCUUAAUGCCUCGUCAGUGUUUUCCAAAGCCACAUUAGACAGUUGUCUCCGUGAUCAGUCUUGUGAGGAUAAUUUAGCUGGUUGUUCUCGUCAAGAAGUUGUUGAAACAGGAGAGUCCUGUAAUGACGGUCACCUGUAUAAUUCUUCUAAGAUUAAGGCUGCUCUUGAUGUCCUAAAGUCUUUGUGUGGACAACAGGAUAGUUCCCCACAAAAUGGUUCUGCACUGGAUAGUUCCCCACAAAAUGGUUCUGCACUGGAUAGUUCCGCACAAAUUGGUUCUGCACUUGAUAGUUCCCCUCAAAUUGGUUUUGCACUGGAUAGUUCCCCACAUAAUGGUUCUGUACAGAGUACUAUAGAUGGAAAUGCCAGCUCUGUUGAGAACUCAAUAGAUACUUGUGCAGUUGAACUGCCUAAGGAUAUUCAUGAUAGCCAAAGUUCGGAUGCUGAUAAAGGGUGUAGUACUGCAAUUAAGGUUGCCGGACAGAAAGCAAUUGUAUUUUCCCAGUGGACGAGGAUGCUGGAUUUACUUGAAGCAUGUCUAAAAGAUUCGUCAAUCAAGUACAGAAGGCUUGAUGGAACAAUGUCAGUAACAGCCAGAGAUAAAGCUGUCAAGGAUUUUAACACCAUGCCUGAGGUCACAGUUAUGAUCAUGUCUUUGAAAGCAGCUAGUCUUGGUCUCAACAUGGUUGCGGCUUGCCACGUCUUGCUUCUGGAUCUGUGGUGGAAUCCUACUACUGAAGAUCAGGCAAUUGAUAGAGCGCAUCGAAUUGGGCAGACUCGUCCUGUUACAGUUUUGCGGUUAACCGUGAGAGAUACUGUGGAGGACCGAAUCUUGGCUCUGCAGCAAAAGAAGAGAGAGAUGGUUGCUUCUGCAUUUGGGGAGGAUGAAAAUGGUGGUCGUCAAUCUCGCCUCACGGUAGAGGAUUUGAAAUAUCUGUUCAUGAUGUGAUUAGAAUGAGUUCCUCGUACAGGUUUGGCAGAUAUUAUUUUGCUAACAGUGGUAAUUAGCAGUUACUUUUCAUUAAACCCCUGACCCAAUAGAUUGAAAAGGACCAAGGAGUAGAAGAGGUUCUACUGACAAGAAGAAGAAGAAGAUUAUGUUCAUAGUGGUUAUAGAAAGAAUUACAUGAUCCAUUUAUUUUAAUAUUUUUUUUUACUCUGAAAUUGUUUCAACUUGUUCCACUUCCUCAUUUCUCCAAUCAACACUGUAUAGGACGUGGGGAUCAGUUGCUUGAGGCUAGUCAAAGAUACAAAGUGGUCUAUAGUUUUUUUUAAUCCAUUUUUUCCCUUACAUGUAAAUGAUAGAGUUCUCACCAUUUGAUGUCUCUCUUAUUCCAUUUAGUAUUUUUUUUUUCCAAUUUAGGUUUAUUUGACAGGUUGUAUAAUUUACUCAUUUUAUGUGUAAAGGCAAGGCUUGCCUUUUGAGUUAUAAUAAUCUAUCAUUCUAUUC